AAAAACAAUCCGCCCGGGCGUCCAUCUUGAAUACAGUAAGCCAACGGUGACUGACAGCAACGGAUAGUGAAAUCGCGAUAAAUUGAGUUCGACCGCUCUAAAAAGUCAACCGACUGCGAUCACCGGGAAAAUACAUUUUGAAGGAUUACAUUUAGUGACGUUAUCUGUCAAUUCCGUCUCAUUUUUGGCGUCAUAUUCCCGACGGGGCUGAUGAAGUUAUUUCGGAGGCUGUACAUGCUAAGCUUUAUUCAGCCGUCGACAUGUCUUAGUUUAAAACGAGUGCUUGUUUUAACUACCCACCUUAGCAGUUCUCGAAAAGCUUUGUGAGGUUGGUAAUUGCAGGUUUGAGUCAUUAACACCCGAAUGGAAUGUGGAUAUAGCGCGUUUGGCCAUAUUUAAGUCCUUCACUGUCAACUUGAGCUCGCGCGUGCGCUGAAUCGUGCGCGUGACCCCAUUUAUCUAUGAUCAGUUAUACUACAUAUAUAUUAUAUAUAUAUAUAUUUAAAAAAUAAAAUAAAAUUAAAAGCAAAGUAAGCGUGAUGUGGAAAUAUCGUAUAGGGAUGUUAAUUCCAUUUUUAUCCCCGUAAAUAUGCAUGCAUUUAGUGAACUGCCAUAGACUUUUCAGGUGGGUGUGAGGCAUUGCUCUGCUUGAAAUAUUAGUUCCUUUGUAUUAAUAACAAUAUUUUAUACAUAUUUUAUGGCGGGUUCUAUGCAUAUGCUGUCCAGUUCUGUUCAUUGGAAAUGGGAGCUGGCCCAUCUACUGAAAGAUCUUAUUGAACGGGCUCGUUUAUUCUGAGCGCUCGACAGGGCAAGAUUGUAUAACGUUAGAUAUUAUUCGUAGGAAUUUCCUCGUUAUUGAUAUGGGUUUUCCGGAAAACUGCAUGGACAGUCAUAGAUCGCUUUAUUUCGAAAAGCUCGUCUGCUUUAAAUGAACUGUCACUAGUGGACACUUUGAUGCCGUUUCCCAGUCGCUGAAUCUGAGGACUAUAAUCUGCCAUUGGAUUUGUGCACUGCCAUAUAUCACUGACUCGGUUACAUGGAUGUGUUUCACUGACUGCUGAUCAGUAGUUCGAGGGGAAACUUGAAUGCAGAGAGUCUUGGAUUUUGUAGGACAAGACAGAAGAUUGAAAAAUGGGACCUGCAACGAAGCUGGCGUUUGGAGUGUUCCUCAUCUCCUGCUCAUCAGGUGCCAUUCUCGGCCGCUCAGAGACACAAGAGUGUGUCUUUUACAACUACAACCCCAGCUUGGAGAACCGAGGAAACCGCAGCGGUAUUGAGUCUUGCGUCGGAGAAAAGGACAAGAGGCUUCAUUGCUUCGCAACUUGGCUAAAUGUGUCAGGAUCAGUUCAAAUAGUAAAGCAAGGCUGCUGGCUUGAUGAUGUCAACUGCUAUGACAGCACCGAGUGUGUGGAGAAGAAGGAGGACCCAGAUGUGUUCUUCUGCUGCUGUGAGGGCAACAUGUGUAACGAGAAGUUCUUCUACAACCCCGACACGCAGCCAGUUCAGAGUAAGGCUCCCUUCAGCGACACAAACAGCAAAGUCUUUAAGGCAACAUCCAACCCCUUCACCCAAAAGCCACCACUGUUCAGCACCCUCCUGUACUCCAUCGUGCCCAUCAUGGGCAUCGCUGCCAUUGUCCUGCUGUCCUUCUGGAUGUAUCGGCAUCACAAGCUGGCGUAUCCACCUGUUCUGGUGCCUACCCAGCACGCCUUUCAUAUAAUGAUAGAGGACCCUGGACCCAUGCCGCCGUCUCCCACCCUGGUUCAGAAGCCACUGCAGUUGUUGGAAAUCAAAGCUAGAGGGCGCUUUGGCUGUGUGUGGAAGGCUCAGCUGCUUAAUGACUAUGUGGCAGUGAAGAUAUUCCCCAUUCAGGACAAGCUGUCUUGGCAGAAUGAGUAUGACAUUUACAAUCUCCCUGGCAUGAGGCAUGAAAACGUUCUUCAUUUCAUCGGGGCCGAGAAGAGAGGAAGCAACCUGGACAUUGAAUUGUGGCUCAUCACAGCUUACCAUGAAAAGGGCUCCCUGACAGACUACCUGAAGGCAAACGUGGUGACGUGGAACGAGCUGUGUCUCAUCGCUCAGACCAUGGCUCGAGGACUGGCUUACUUGCACUCUGACUUCCCAGGACACAGAGAUGGCCACAAACCGGCCAUCGCACACAGGGAUAUUAAGAGCAAGAACAUUCUGCUGAAGACAAACCUGACGGCUUGUAUAGCUGAUUUUGGUCUGGCUCUGAAGUUUGAGGCAGGGAAGUCAGCUGGGGACACGCAUGGGCAGGUGGGAACCAGGCGUUACAUGGCCCCGGAGGUGUUGGAGGGGGCCAUCAACUUCCAGCGAGACUCUUUCCUCAGGAUAGACAUGUAUGCGGUCGGGCUGGUGCUGUGGGAGCUGGCGGCCCGCUGCACUGCAUCUGACGGUCCAGUUGACGAGUACAUGCUUCCGUUUGAGGAGGAGGUGGGCCAACAUCCCUCUCUAGAGGACAUGCAGGAGGUUGUGGUCCACAAAAAGCUUCGGCCCACUCUCAGGGAGUGCUGGCAGAAACAUCCGGGUCUGGCCAUGCUGUGCGAGACUAUAGAGGAGUGUUGGGACCACGAGGCCGAGGCGCGUCUCUCCGCGGGAUGUGUCGAGGAACGUGUGGUCCAAAUGCAGCGGCAGACCAGCAUCUCUGCACCAGAGGAAAUAGUCACCGUCGUAACCAUGGUGACCAACGUGGACUAUCCCCCUAAGGAGUCCAGUCUAUGACUAGAGGAUAUCAGCAUGUGAAUUGCGGGCUGACCGAACAGAAAACACGCGUCGGGAAUGGUGGUGGACAGCUGUUCUGACAGCCGGCUUCAGACAUGCUGGAUGAUUGUCCUGUACUUUCGGCUGGAGCAAAUGCAGACUAUACAUUUUGCGCCGAAUCUGGGUUUAAUACAGGUACACCUGGAGCCAGCUAUGUUAAUGUAUGUGUGUGUAUAUAUAAACUAGUACCACGGGGCGCUCCGGCAAAGGACGGAAGAUUAUAAGCCGGCAUCAAAAAUGUUGUUGUCGUUUCUCUGCUUGGAGAAGAAACUUUCCCGUUCAAGGAGUAAACGAGACUCCGCCGCACGGCGCUAGUGUCAUUUCAGUAUAAAAAAGGGCAACGUCCAUGUAAACAAACACAUUUAAUGUGUUCAUAUGAAUGACUAUUGUAAUGCCAAUAAGAAACAGCUUUUUGAAUGUGUAGUGUGACGCUGCUGUACAGAUAUCAACAGAAAGGGUGACGAUACAACCCAAAUCAACACGUGUUUUCUCUGAAAGCUUUCAGAGUUUCUGUCAGAUAACCACCAACCUCUCGACAAGGUAUACCUCAGUUUCUCAUCCUAAUAAUGCGUUUGUUUUGUAACACUAUAUGAUAUUAAAAAAAGAGGCUUUUCGAUGACCUCCAUUUGGCACGGAAGCUUUUUAAAUACGGGGAAAAGUUUUUUUAUAUGACAGAUUAUGCCAAGAAACGAUGGCCAUUCAUAAACCAGUGUUCUGCCUUCUUUCUUUUAGUCGUUCUCUGUGUUGCCCUGCUGUUUAAAAUGUGAUACUUUUGUUUUGUUGUUUUUUUAGCAUUGUGACCGUUUUGACAUUUAUCGAGACCUGUUGAGAAGAAAAAAAUCCCUGAAAAUAUGAAUUUUGUGAAAAUAAUACAGAAGCACUUACCAAUAUAGGUUUGCGGUGUCCUCACAACAUUGACGUA